UCUAGUGACUAGUAAUAAUGACUAUUGGCAGAAACAGACCAUUAAAUUUUGACCAAGACCAUUACUGACCAUUAAUGACUAUCGGCAGACAGACCAUUAAAUUUUGACCUAUAGCUUGUUUUAAGUUCGAGUUUGCGCUGCUGCCCGGUGGAGACGAACGGCAUGAAUGUUCAGAAAUGCCACAAAUUUCAAUAUCCCAGUAACACCGACUAAAUAAAUCAUCGCUUAUCAGUUGACUUACAGAUAAAACAUUCUAAAAUAGGUACUGACCCAACUCAAAUCAAGGGAUCCAGCAGAGUAAUGUGUCCAUUGGAUCUAUUCCCAAAAUGGCAAAAUACACCGCUGUUUGAAACACUCUAAAAUAUUAUCAUCCCAAGAGAUUUGUUGCAUCCAAAAAAGCACAUAUUCAGCAAUGGCAAAGGAGCAGAAGACAUCCGAAAGCUCUUUGGAGGUUGUUAGAGGAUGGCUGGAAGAGAUGGCAAACAAAUUGCCUUCAUCCAUCGAUGACUUGCCGACAGGCUUCUACGACGCUCUUCUUCUGCAAGGCCUGCAAGUCGACCUUGCAGAGCAUGGACGCCUUCUCUGCACUCUCAAAGUUCCUCCACGCCUCCUGAACGUAGGGAAUUUUCUUCAUGGAGGAGCUACUGCAGCAUAUGUUGAUAUUAUAGGUAGUGCAGCAAUAUUCACUACAGGGGCUAAAUCAUCCGGUGUUUCAGUUGAAAUCAAUGUCUCAUAUCUUAAUGCUGCAAAGUUGGGGGAGGAGAUUGAAAUUGAAGCCAAGGUUCUCCGGAUUGGCAAGGCAAUUGCCUUUGUUACCGUUGACUUGAGGAAGAAGAAUACAGGGGAACUGAUUGCCCAGGGACGUCACACAAAGUACCUUGCCGUGACUAGUAAAUUGUAACUUUCUCAAAUCAGUGACUUUAAAUCUAUCUUUCCUUGGUCUUUUCUAAGCCAACUAUGUUAUAAGAAAUAAAAUGGAAAGGAACCAUAAACAAAAUGGCAAGGAACUAUAACAUUGCAAAUCCAAUUUUUAAGAAAUGACACAUUGUAAGCCAUUUUUGGCCUGCCAAGCAAGCCGACAAAAACAUAAAGAAAUAGAAGCAAUCAUGUCCAUCAUCUAGCAACCAUGUCAUCAAGUUCAUAAUAAUUCAUAUUUAUUCUGUCUUUUAAUCAUUUACCCCAAACUCUCCACUGUGAUGAAGUUCUGUUUAGUCUCUUUCCUGGGGAUCAUCCACAGAUUUUGUACUAUAUAUUUUACAUUUUCUGUUGCGUUUAAAGAAUGUGAUUAAUGAAACUGAAAAUGUUUGGCAGUUAAGGAAUUGGUGUGUGAACAUUGUUUAUAGCUUAUCAACUCUGAACGAUGAAUCUUAAUAUAUCUCUGUACUCCAGAGAAUUUUUAUUUUUA